AUGGACACCGACAGCGCUUUGAAGUCGGAAAAGACGGCAACUCGCGCAGAGUCAGUCGAGCUCGCAGAGUCGCAAACAUGGGACAUGCACUCCACCAAGAAGCUUUUGCGGAAGCUUGAUUGGCACAUCAUCCCGUUCAUGUCGCUGAUCUACCUAUUAUGCUUCUUAGAUCGGACGAACAUCGGGAACGCCCGACUCGACCACCUCGAACAGGACCUGAAUUUGCAUGGAAUUCAAUACAAUGACUGCCUGGCUGUUUUGUUCCCGUUCUAUAUCGCGGCCGAAAUUCCGAGCAACAUGAUGAUGAAACGCCUCAGGCCGUCCAUCUGGCUCACCUUCAUCAUGGUUUGCUGGUCGGCGGCAAUGAUUGGACAAGGGUUCGUCAAGGACUACUCAGGGCUUAUGGCCACUAGAGUGGUUCUAGGGGUAUUCGAGGGAGGCCUGUUUCCGGGAGUCAACUACUACAUCACGCAGUGGUACUGCCGACACGAGUGCGGCUUCAGAAUGGCAUUGUUCUUCUCGGCCGCAACAUUGGCCGGUGCCUUUGGUGGUAUCCUCGCGCGAGGCAUUGCAGAGAUGCAUGGUGUAGGGGGACUUUCCGCAUGGGCAUGGAUCUUCAUCUUGGAAGGAAUCCUCAGCAUCUUGGUAUCGUUUACUGCCUAUUGGGCAAUUUACGACUACCCAGCGACCGCCCGAUUCCUCAGUGAAAAGGAACGCACCGAGGUCCAAAGACGGCUCCAAGAAGAUUCGGGACAUUUGUCAAACGAGUUCAACGUCAAGUAUGUGUGGCAAGCCAUCAAGGAUUGGAAGAUUUACAUCCACAUGCUUAUUUGCAUGGCCGGCUUCUGUCCCAUCUACUCGAUUGCGCUCUUCCUGCCGACCAUCAUCAAGAAUAUGGGUUACACAUCAAACAAUGCGCAAUUGAUGAGUGUGCCGCCAUAUGUUUGCGCCUGCUUCUUUACCAUCAUUGCGAGUUGGUACGCCGAUAGGAUCAGGCAGCGUGGGGUGUUCCUGCUGGGCUUCCAGCUCGUUGGAAUCCUGGGAUUCUCCCUUUUGGUGGCUACCAGAAACUCUUCUGCACAGUACGCCGGGACCGUCUUCGCAGCCAUUGAACUCAGCAUGGCAUUCUUCUUGACUUUGUUCAUGACGACUUGGUGCCGUCGCGAGAACGCUCGCCGAGACCUUGUAGCCAGGGAAGCUGGCGUACAGGAGUUGACGGAAGAGCAAAAGGCGAUGGAGGCUGAGCUGGCCGACAACGUGCCUUGGUUUCGAUACACGAUUUGA